UUUUGACGUUUUUCAUCGCAUUUUGAGAAAACAUCAUCAGGCGUGCGGUGCGGGAUUUUCCGAAUUUUAAUUCCGCUUUCCGUAUUUAAAUUAAACUUUCUCCAUCAAUCACCAUGGGUUCCAAAUCGGAUAACAAGGGCAAAGGCACAUUCCAACCGGAUUCAGAUGUUCACAUCACGAUCGACGAUCAGAUGAAGAUCAAUAAGUUUGCCAACUACAACGCCAAGGUGGAGGACCUCAAGGAAGACCUGAAGCUGCGACAGAACGAGCUAAAGAAUCUGGAGGAAGCCGGUGACGAGAUUGAGCUGCUGGAUGAGGACACUCCAAUUCCGUUCUUGAUUGGGGAAGUAUUCAUCUCUCACGAUCAACCGAAAACGCAGGAAUUGUUGGCCGAAGCAAAGGAAAAGAAGAAGCGGGAAAUCGAGAGUAUUCAGAAGUUGACCAAGGACAUCCAGGACAAGAUGGGUGAUCUGAAGGCACAUCUGUAUGGUCGUUUCGGAAGCAACAUUUAUUUGGAGAAUGACGAAUAGAAGGUACUCAUUAUGGUAAUUUAUUUAUAACGAAAUCAACAGGAAGAUCAAGCUUCGAAAAA